ACAUGCUACUGUGGAUGUUUAGAAACUAUAACAUUAUCUGAGAGAGCCAGUGUACAAGACUGUGUUUUACAGUGAGCGAUGGCACCCAUAUUAGUCGAUAACAGCAAGUCCAGCACAGCAGAGAGGGAGACUUAUGUGGACAAUGGCUUUGUACAUAUUAAAAACCCUCACCUGGACAUGCUGUCUGAAGAUAUUCUCUACCACUUCGACUUAGGAACCAAAACGCACGAUUUGCCCUCCAUGUUUGGAGAUGUUAAGUUUGUGUGUGUUGGAGGAAGUCCUAACAGAAUGAGGAGCUUCGCAUUAUUCAUUCAUAAUGAACUGGGUCUGGACGGAGAUGGUAAUAACAUAGUGGAUAUCUGCGCUGGGACGGACAGAUAUAGCAUGUACAAAGUAGGCCCUGUGCUGUCUAUUAGUCACGGGAUGGGAAUCCCUUCUAUUUCCAUUAUGCUCCAUGAACUCAUCAAGCUACUCCACCAUGCCAAGUGCCGUGACGUCACCUUAAUUCGCAUUGGGACAUCUGGAGGGAUUGGCAUCGAACCCGGCACAGUUGUGAUUACAGACAUAGCUGUAGACGCCUUUUUUAGGCCCCAGUUUGAGCAGAUUAUUUUGGACAAAGUGGUGGUGAGGAAUACCCAACUUCACCAGGAACUCGCCAAAGAUCUGCUGGAAUGCAGUCGGGAGAUUUCCAGUUUUCCUACAAUUAUCGGUCAUACCAUGUGCACAUAUGACUUUUACGAAGGUCAAGGCAGAUUAGACGGUGCUCUCUGUUCAUUUUCUAAAGAAGAAAAGUUUGAAUAUUUGCGUAAAGCGUAUGCCGCUGGAGUUCGGAACAUUGAGAUGGAGUCUUCUGUAUUCGCCGCAAUGUGUCAUCUGUGCGGACUUAAAGCUGCAGUGGUCUGUGUGACUCUUCUCAACCGACUAGAAGGGGAUCAGAUCUGUCACAGUCACGGUGUUCUAACGGAAUUCCAGAGCCGACCUCAGCAACUGAUUGCAACAUAUAUCAAGAAACAGCUUGGUGUGUGCACAUAGCCUGACAAGUUAGGCAUUAUGGGAAUUAACAGUGCACAUUAACUUAAAAAGCCAUUGCUAUAUGCAACAUUUGCAGACUGUUUAACAUGGGCAUUCUACAGGUAACUCUUCUACUGCUGUCGAACUACAACUGCCAUGUUGCUUGGCUAGGAUUGCUGGUCAAAGACUGGCUAACCGUGAUGGGUGUUGUUGCUCCACUGCAGAGCUGCUUCUGAUCUACAAAUGAUGUAUACUAAAUGGGGUACAUUCAAUACACAUACCAGAUUGUUCACUAAAGUGAGAUUUGUCUUGAAUUCAAAGUCAAUUUCAAAUUUAAGGUCAAAGUACAUGGACUGUAAUCACGGCUGCCUGAGCUUUCUCCAGUUCAGCACCUUAAAAUCUACUUUGAAUUCCCAAUAAUUAUCCCUUUAGUGAAUAUCCCUAUAAGAUGGGCUGCUUCAUAAAGCAUGCUAUUUGUUUAGGUUUAAACAAAAGUUGCACUUUUACAAAGUCUGUGAUUAAAUCGUACAAAGCGAAAUGCGCGGGGUGUUUACCUGCUUGUCAACUUGCUGUUUUAAUCCUUUCUUUUGAAUAAAUUGUAUGGAAUCCGAAAAUCAGAAUUUAGUGAAAAUAAAUUAACAUUGAGUUUUAUGAAGCGGUCCAUCUUUUUAUUUUGACUUUAUGCAGUAGAAAUAUAUAUAUUUUUUUCUACUUACAUUGUCUCAUCAUUGUGUGGUGCUAUCCCUUAUAUUCUAAGUGCACGCUUGUUGGCUGUGGUGAGCCACUGUUUAUAAUAAUAUGAUACAAGUCUGGUGAAAAACAGGGUAUUUUGGGCACUGUAUGGUUAAUUAGAGCAUAUUUCAUUACCUUUAAAAACAGGUAUUGAAAGCUCACAGCUUGGGUAUAAUUAUGAAAGUGGGAAAACUGCUUAAACGUCAGAGAUACAGUAACUGUCCCGACACACGAUGAAUUGUCAGGUUUCAAUCACUGGAUUCCUUUAAAUCACACUUCUUGCUGUAAGAAAUCUGUAAUCAUUGUCAAAGGUUAAAAUGCUUAAUGUUUUCCUGGAAUCUCUUUAUACCACUUGGCAAAUAACCUUGUUUAUGGGAUGUAGCCCGCUGCUUAGAUAAUGUUUAAAGCUUGUUUGGGGUCAUUGCUCUCCAUGAUUAAUGAAUAAUGGAGAGUUUGUUUAUAUUAUAGGACAGAUAUGUUUGUGCGGGACAGCUGAUCUUGCGUAAUACAGUACAGAAGACUAUCUCCAAUUAACACUUUAUCACAUCACUAUGCUUUGGAGCUAAUGCGAUCUUAUUGAUAAAGAUAUAUAUCUCUAAGACUAUUAUUCUAAAACAACAACUAUUGCUAUAAGCCACAAUGAGACCAGAUAGAAUGCAUCCUGUUGACUUUCGAAUUGUUCCUUUAAAUCGGCUUUUUGCUCAGUCUGACGUAUAUAUUUUUAUAUCUGUAGAUCCAUUUAUUCCACCAAUAUAUUUUACCAUAUUGCUUUGUAAUGGUUGAUUAGUCAGCCAUAUAUACUAUUCUAUAAAGAUUCUGCAGAUAGCAGUGAAACCCAAUGGUGUUUUCUUUAAUGUACAGUUACUAACAUUUAUUGUCCACACAAUUAAUCAUUGGUGGACACUGAGACAAAAUUAGAGUGGUGAUCUCAUAGUUUUCAGGAAGAUCGGAAAGUGGUGACAGACAGUGGUAAACAUGAGCAGUAUUAGAUUGAAGUUCCUAUUCUGGAUAAAGAGCUGUUAAUAAUUUUCUCUGUAUCCCUUAAAAACGAUACAUGCCAUCAUCACAAGCUUGUGCUUGAAGGUGCUAUGACUACAAUGCACACUCUUCUUAUUUUCAUUUAUAAAGCACCAACGGAUUCCGUGACGCUGUACAAUAGGUGGACUAACAGAUGAGUAUUUGCAACAUCCGAGUUGGAUGCAACAGAACAGAGUGUGUUGAGGGUCCGCUCAAACAAGCUUCCACUUAUAUACCAUUAGCAGCUCAUUAAAGCCCUAAAUAUGCGAAAUGAGUAGGGAAAUUUAAUGAGUGGUCUCUAAGAACUAGAUUGUAAAGAUGCCAUGGACUAUCAUUGGUUCUUAAAUAAUUACAUUUUUGUAUGUGAUGUUAGAGCCACAUAAAUAUUGGAAGAAAUAAAAAACAUAAAACAUAAAAAAAAAUAAAAAAAAACACAAUACUUCAAAUUAUUUGCCUUUAUAGACGUGUUUUCCAAAUUCACUGUUUGCUGCAUAUUUGACAUCCCUUUGGUAACAGUCCGUGUGUUUUUUCACCAUUGUACUGUCCGACUUCAGAUAUUACAAUUACUGUAUAACACACAUUAUUAGUAUUUUGAAGGUUUGUGCUUACAUUUGCAAAUCUCAGGAAUUUUAUGUAGACGAAUAACUUUUAUGUACUGUAAUAAUGAUAAAUCUAAGAUUUGUCUGUUUUUGUAUAUUUAUGUUAUUGUAUUUGGUACUGUAUCUACUCUUUAAUAAAGUGUUAUUGUAUGUCA